CCGACCCGAGCUUCAUCCGUGAGUCCAACGUCGGCGCGUACGGGUGUGUGUCUUUGUGGUACAAAAAAAUCCAAGUUCUCUUGUGUUUAUUUAACUACCAACUUUUUCUACACUCUGGAUUACACUAACCUCUCGAAAAAAAAAACUGGGGCGCCCUGUUGGAAAAAAUCGUCGACAUUCGGUGCGAUAUAUCUGCUAAAUACUGCCCAAAACUACGGGAAAUUGACCUUUGUGGUGACGAUUGCGUGACGCUCGCGGGACCAGGCUUCCGAAAAACCAUGGAAUUUUUCCUCAGCGGGAAUCCCAUAAAAUCCUGAAGCCCCUAAGUAGGCUGGUUCGGAUUGGAUCGACGGCAAAAAAAUUGCACGAAGAUGAUGUAGGAGAGCGAAAAAAGUGAAGGUACAAAAAAAGGUUAUGGCGUAUGCCCGUCUCGUUAAAUGUGCUGCUGACGAAAAAAAAGGAGAACCCGUGUCGUGAGUUCCACACCAUUGAACCAACAACUUUGAUUUGACGUGCCAAAAAGUGGAUUCUUCCACCCAACAAGAUCUCCACCACUCUCUUCUCCAAUCUUUCUGUACAGGGCAGACAGGGGGGUAACUCUCUCACACGUGAGUGCCGGGGCCAUAUCUUAAUUCGUGAGAGCUCUCAAAUUCGUAUUCCUUCGAGGCUAAUCUGUCGCGAAAAUCGAAUGAGUGACACAAAAAAUACUCGGUCAACUCGGUGAAGGUUUUUUGCAACCUCCCAGUCAAGAGUGUGAAUGAAACGCGAAACGCCAACAAGUAUAAAACAAGUUCCAUUUGUUCCAGUCCAAAUUUGUGGCACUGAAGAAAAAAAAGUAUUGAGCGUUAUCAAUCAACAGUGUAAGUGUCAAUCGCUAAAGUGCAUAUGAAAUUGAAAGUCCCUACUUAGUAGUUACGACGACGUGUAAUUAAGGUAACGAUUUCGGGUAACUCCCCCUCACGUCGUCAAUCGGGGUUACAAACUCGGCGGUUAGAACACCAAACUGGCUCCGGUGUACGGAACGACGGCGGCCGUGGCCCCGGUUGUGCUGGCCACGACCGUCAUCGAGAACGGCGGCGUUAAGAUGCCGCAGCAGACGAUAGUGCACGCCGCUAAUCUGGCGGCCUCCGCGGCCGUCGUCAACAGCAGCCACCACCACAUUCCCAUCCAGAUGAAGCGGGAAAAGAGCGAAGAAUCGGACGAAAUGGACGUAAAGAUCUACGCCAACAAGGGUGACCUGCAACUGCACGGGGGGCAGCUGCACAUGCGCGAAACCAAACCGUACAAAUGUUCGCAGUGUACCAAGGCGUUCGCCAACUCCAGCUACCUGUCCCAGCACACCCGGAUACACUUGGGCAUCAAGCCGUACCGGUGCGAGAUCUGCCAACGCAAGUUCACCCAGCUGUCGCACCUGCAACAGCACAUCCGGACGCACACCGGGGACAAACCCUACAAAUGUCGGCACCCGGGCUGCGUCAAGGCCUUCUCGCAGCUGUCGAACCUGCAGUCGCAUUCCCGGUGCCACCAGACGGACAAACCGUACAAAUGUAACUCCUGCUACAAGUGCUUCUCCGACGAGGCUUCGCUGCUGGAGCACAUACCAAAGCACAAGGACUCGAAGCACCUCAAGACGCACAUCUGCCAGCUCUGCGGCAAGUCCUACACCCAGGAGACGUACCUCGCCAAGCACAUGCAGAAGCACGCUGAGAAGGAGGAGAAGCGCCGGAACAAGGCUAGCAACAACAACAGCAAUAACCAGAACAACAACAAUAACAACAACGCUAACAAUGCUAGCGCCAACAAUCAGAGUGCAGCGGCGGCGGCGGCGGCAGCAGCUGCGGCAGGUAUCUCGGCGGCCGAUGCCGCUGCAGGACUGGCCGGUCUAGCCGGACUCGGUAUCAACCGGAUGGGAGGUUUAGUGGGAGCAACCACUGGUGGAGAGCACCCAUACUGGCCCAAGGUUAGUCCCGACUCGGCAGCUUCCUUGGCCGAUGCCAUGCAGCAACAGCACCAGCAACAGCAGCAACAACAACAACAGCAGCAGCAACAACAGCAACAGCAGCAGCAGUACGACUUUUCCCUGCAGCAACAGCAACACGGCGGCGGCAAUAAUGGAGCCGGCGGUGGAGGUGGCAACGCCUCAAAUGACCAUCACCGUAACUCGAACGCGGACGAAGUGGGCGAGGACCUGGUCGUGAUCCGACAGAACCCCCAACAACAGCAACAACAGCAGCACGGAACCCCAACCUCAUCGGCGGCAAACGUAGUCGUGAGUAGCGGAUCGUACGACGCGUCCAGUGUGGCCAGUAAAACGACAACGAAUGCCGCAGCCAACUCAGCCUUUACCCCGAUCCAGGCGAUGCCCCCGCAUCUGGCCCACCUGGCGGCCCACCAUCAUCCACACCAGGCGGCAGCGGCUGCAGCCGGUCGACCCGGAUCGUACCUGUACGAUGCCAUCAACUUCCAGAACCAGAAAUCGAUUCAACAGGCGGUGGUGGCUGCGGCAGCCGGUGCCGGAAACAAUGUCCCCAACAACAGCUUCCCCAAUCAGUUGAUCUCGUUGCACCAGAUCCGGAACUACGCCCACCAACCGAACAGCAGUAGCGGAAGUGGUCUGAUCACCGGGGAACAUUUGCUGAUGGGAGGAGUUGGCAAGAGUGAAAAGCAGUAAGGGAGGAAUCGAAGCUGAUAGACAGCAAAUUGAAAAAAAAAACGCGGGCGGAUCAAUAACGGGAUCUAGGUUUUGAAGGUUUACGAGCUUUGUGUAGGGUGCAACCCUUUGGAGGGUACUCCGUUGAUGAAGAUCGUCCUUUCACAAACACAAGUUAUCAUGUACAAAUUAUAUUUAGUGGAGAGUUUGGUUCGAUUCGAUGAGAUGAUCUUCCUCUGCGGAGUGCCUUACCCAAUUCUUCAAAUGAAGUCGAUUAAGCAGAAGGUUAUUUUUUGUAUUACUUAAAUAAUGCUUAGGUAUUAAAGUAUUGUUAUUGUUAGUGGUGGAAUAUUUAUUCAAUUGAAGUUGAAAUGAUUAAAUUACGAUGAUGAAUCUGAAUUUGGUUCCAAUUCAGUUCUCAAUGCUGCCUUUGAACUAAAUUCAGUUCCUGGGUCUAAGAAUCAAUCAAUUCUUUGAACUAAACAAUAGUUCGAAAUAAGUCGACUUAAUCGUAUCGCCUUCGAGCAAUCGAUUGGAUCGAUUAAAUUGACAGCUCCUGAAUUAGUCAAAACUACUCGAUCAGUUUCGAGUCAAAUAGAAAGGUUUUCUCUUGCGGUUGCUUGCAAGUUCUGAUUUAAGUUCAGAUUUUGAAACUGAGUUAUCUUAGUUGAUGAAUUUUACUUCAAAUUCUGGUAAACGCAUAGUUUCUUAAUUCAGACUAUAAAUCUCUCUUUUUUUUUAAUAUUCUAUUCUUCUAUCUGAUUGGGAAAAUCUUGAUCUGAAUUUCAAAUUUUGAACCAAUCAAUAUCAAAAUUGAGCUUCAAAUUUGAAGUUCAAAAUUUGAACUUUAAUUUAGAUUUUCAAACCCAAAUUAGUAAAACUAGACAAAGCUCGCAAAACUUAAAAAACCUAACGGAAAAAUAUUGAAAAUAUAGACAAAAACAACACUAAUCAGAAAAAAAUACAUUGAAACUAGAAACGUUAAAUUGGUUUACGAAAACAAAAAAGGUAACAAAAAAAACAGCAGCAGCUAACCAAUGGCAAACGUGGAAAUCGAGAGAAAAUUAAGCAAAAAACAGUAAAAUAUACUUUCUAUAAAAUGGAAAAAAAUAAGAUCUCGGUGAUUUUAGCUUUUAAGAAUCUACGGCGAAAGAUGAACACACAAUUAUUAUAAUUGCAGUCACUCAAAAUAACUGUCAAAAAGGAAAAAAAACUCCCCCAACCCCUCCUAAAAUCAACAAAUCAACCAACCAACUCGCAGCAAAACACCUUUAUUUACUUAGCAAGAACAAGAAAAAAAAACAACAACAAAUCUAGCUACA